UCUGUGCUGAAAGAGGUAUAUUUUUUUGCAUGGAAAUAUGUCUUUUUUUAUUGUAGGCCUUUUUGGACAUCAUGGACUUUAAUAAGUUUCCAGGCAGAAAGAACAGUCAAAAUGCAGGCAGGGGACAGGACAAAGCAGUAGGGACAAAAUGUAUGUGAAAUGCUUUGAAACAUGAAUGGCAGUUUUUUAAAAUUUUCAAAUUUCCAGCCGGUUCCAACCCCGUAUGUCCCAUACGUCCCGAAGCUCACAGGGACCGGAACACGGAAGCCGGAUGCCGGCAUCGGCCGGAGGAGAUGGCCGGGCACGCUGCAGAGGACACAU